AUUUCCAAGUUGAUACUGAAUAUAUCUAGGUAGUAUAGAUAACGUGUCGUUGAUGAGACACCAAUUGAAUUUAAUAUCUACUAGCAGAAAAAGAUUCUAAUCACAUUUUGAAUUUUGAAAGCAAUGGAAACGUCACCGUUACGGUAACGUCAAUUUACAAUUUCAAAUUGAAUUCAAGCAGAAUUUAUUAAAAAAAAUUGUAAUUGUAAAAGUGUUUAUAUAGAUUUUGACGAGAACAGACAACGUGGAAGCACUACUCGAUAUUGUUUUAUCUAAUUGUGAUAAGGAGUCCCUUCAAUUGAUUAAUUCCGUUUAUAUUUAUGUACUUACUGUUGUUAUUGUGAUUUUAUAAAAUCCUUUCUAGUUUCUAUGCGGAAUAAUUGAGUUUACUUAAAUGGAGCCGGGUAUAGUGAAAAUCGCGGAUGAUAGCGAUUUCGACAUGUUGAAAACGUUAGUAGAUGAUGAUACCGAUUGGAAAUUGGAAUACCACAAAGUUAACGAGACCAAGGUAUGGACCAAAACCACUCCAAAUACUAGCUUCAAAAUGGUCAAAGUUCAAACAGUCUUCCAGGAUAUAAGUGCAAAUACGUUAUUCGAUGUUUUACAUGAUCCCGGAUAUAGAAAAGAAUGGGACGAACAUAUGCAAGCAUCUGUAGAAAUAGGUUACUUGAAUCCAAAUAAUGACGUAGGGUAUUAUGCAUUGUCUUGUCCAGCUCCGGUAAAAAACAGGGACUUUGUCCUUCAGCGAUCAUGGCUAGACAUGGGCAGUGAAAAAUUAAUCCUUAACCAUUCUGUUCAACAUAAAGAUUAUGCGAACAGAAAAGGAUAUAUUAGGGCGAUAUCCCAUCUGACGGGAUUCGUUAUCCGAGACUGUUCCAAUGGAUGUUCCUUAGGAUAUGUAUCUCAAACUGAUCCCAGAGGAAAACUUCCUCCUUGGCUAGUUAACAGAAUAACUCAAAAAUUUGCUCCGAAAGUCGUAAAACAAUUAAAGAAGGCAGCUGAGGGUUACGAAUUGUGGAAGUCAUCCCAAGAAAAUCCUGGUUACAAACCCUGGGUGUAUCCAGAACAAACGUUAGAUUCACCUAGGAUUAGUAUAUCGGAUUGUUUGGAUAUAGGAGUUCCUGUAGAACAUUCCGGGGAUGGCGAAGAAGAAGAAACCGAAUCAAAUUAGAGCAGCGAAACUUACGAAACCUCAACCAAAAUUUUUGUGAUAAGCUUUUCAGAUUAAUAUGUAUUGAAGAUAGAAUUUAAGUUUUACUUGAAUCUUUUUGUAGUCAUUCUUUAACUGUUUUAUAAAUAAUUAUUUAUUGAACAUAUUUUUGAACAGUAUUAUAUCUAGUUAAGUAUUGAAGUGAUUGGAAGGUACAAAAUUGUUGUAUUUUUCAUUCUAACAAAUAUCUAGUAUUUUUUGAGAACGUUAUAUUUAUUGUCUUGGUAAACAACCAAACUAUUGAGUACAUAUUGACACCUAUGUGUGUCAAACCUAUUUUUUUCUAAUUUCGAAGCUGCAUAACCAAACUGAAUAAUGAAAAUGAUUAUUUAACACUAUUUCCACCAACAUUAUUUUUUAACUUUGAUAGAGAAUGCAAGAAAAGGCAAAGAAAUUAUAUUUUUUUAAAUCCCAAUUAUAAGAUGAAUAUUUUAUUAUUAACCCAGUUUUUAUAUAUAGUGUGUCUUGAACUAUUUACACCCACAUAUAUAUUUUGUUUGUUUUGUUGUCUUUACGUAAUAUGUUUUGGCAAUUUUCCCAACCAGGUGAAGUUGUAUCUACUUAUAUGAAAUAUGCUGGUCUUUUAUUUUUUUCUAGCUGCUGUUCUUUAUAUUCACACACAAGUUUUACGAAUUGAAAUAAAUAUUUUUGUCUUGUUAUCUUAUUGCCUGUAGUUUCUUUAUAUAAAAUCCAUUUAUUCACCCCAAACAUGCCAUUCAGCUUGUUACGUUUUUUUUCUUCAAAUAUUUUGAAUAUUUUUUUGUUCACGUAUGGUGACACAGUAGUCAUCUCACAUUUCAAGUAAAAUUGUUUAGACUCUUGUAUUUAAAAAAAAAUGCAGGACCCCAUUCCAUAGCAUUCUAAUUUAUAUUUUCAACUUCAUAUGGGUCGUGAGCAUACAGAAGUACAGAAAAAUCAUGUAACAUUUGAGUAGAUAACUUCCAAUUAUAAUAUAAAACUUGAUAUGCUUCUAAUUCUGUAUAUGUUGUGAACUUAGAUGCAGAAAUCGAAAUGAAACGAUUUCUAUGGACAAAUAUUGUAUAUUUGAGUCUAUGUCAACCAUCCCUCACAAAAAUAGGUACCCGACUCUUCAUCCUGUUUACCUUCAAACUUUGGAAUUUCCAAAAUAAAACAAUUCCUUGGUGUAUGUGCUUAUAUUUGAGAGUUUUAGGUACCGUAGGGGGUAUAUGUUUGUCGGCUAACAUUUUUUCAUAAGAUUCUUAUUAAUGAUAAGAGUAAAUGCCCUUACAACUCAACCUUUCGAAAUAUUUCACUUUCUAUAUCUGGUACACCUUGAUUCUUCCUUAAAAAUAUAAUUUGCUGCUUUGCCAUCCUCUUGACGACCAUAUAAAAUUACUUUCCUUAUUGUCCUUUAUAUAUAUACUUUCAUCAGUGUUAGAAUCCUUCACAAGAAGAUAGUUAUUCUGUCUGCCAAUCCUUUUUGUCCUGAGAAUGGUUCCUUGAACAUUAAACCCAUUGAACCCUUAGCUGGACCAGAAACUCCAUACAUGGCUUUGCGUGAUUAUUGAUCAGAAGGCAUCAUCUCUACAUGGCCCAGCCCUCUCAGACUCGCUCCCCGGAUGCAAUUUCUUUUUGCUAAUCAGAAAGUUUUUGCAAAGUGUAUAAAAAGAAAAACAUGAGAUUUGAAAACAAUAUGACUUGUUCAAAUAGAUCUAUAUCAAUUGACAAGUAAAUUCAUUGUGAUAAUCAAAUAAAAUGAAAAAAUAGAGGAUAAUAUUUGCAAUUCAAUGAUUUUUACUUUGAGCUUUGCUCUCGUGGAUUUGAAUGAAAAACGGUGAUAUUUUCACAGAUCGGUAGUCAAGAUAUUUUUUGGAGUUUAGAGAUAAAAUGAAUUUGAAAUAUUUUCACAUUUUAAUUAUCAAGAAGGAAUUUGGAAUUAGAGUAAUUAUAUAAACAAAUUAACACUGUUCCUAGAUAAAGGUAAUGUAACUACAAAUUUCAACUAAAUGGAAUGCGAAAUGAAUUGAAUUAUAUUUAAGAAAAAAAUUUUGGAAUUAUGCUGAAUAAUUGAAUUUUAUAUUAAAAUUUUGAAAAUGGUCAUAUGACCAGUCACAAUAUGAAUAUCGUUAACUUUGGAUUUAUAAUUAUAUAACAGCUACAAAAUUAAACCUGUUAUGGUCCUCAAAAGUGCUGAAGACGUUUCUUAGACAUUGAAGGGCACAUUAGAAUGAGCCCAAAAAGUUUUGGAUCAUUUGCUUUUACAACCCAUUAGUACGACUGAAUCAUUAUCAAAAGUCCUAUU